AUUCUGAAGCGCCUUACCGGAAGCUCUUCCUCGCAGCGGGCGCCUUGACGCUUCCAGGUCGAGCAUCCUUCCUCCUCCAGCUCGUCUCCGCUUCUCCAUCCGAGCAGCGACACCGUGAAGCGGCCACGGGACGACCCGAGCCCGCUUGGAAUAAACAUGUAUUUUUAAGAAUCUCGUUGAGCCCAACCCAGUCGAUAUGAAUCAACUGUGCAUCCGCCUACUGCUGCUGGCCGCCUGCCGGAGCGUCUUCUCCGGGUCCGCGGAGCGAAGAGUCGGUUGUCUGUUCGAGAAGCAGCUCUGCUCGUCAUACGAGAUCUGCGUCAACGAUGGGAUGUUUGGGCGCUGCCACGCUGUUCCUGUGAAGGAGGUUUACACCUAUGACGUUUCCUUGCCAGUCGUCCAGCACUUCCGGCUGCUGCUGGAGAAGCUGUCUCAGUCAGGACUCACGUGGCGGGACGACACCACUCAGCAGGUUCUCUCCAAAGAGCUGUCCAAGCUGAGACGGGUUCCUCACCGGCUUCCUCAGAACAGACCCGUCUACAGGACUGACAGCAGGCUGGUGGCGAUGGACCCGGUGGAUCAGCAGGUGAAGCCGGUGGAAGAGGAGCUCGGCCGGAACCUUCAGAUGUACCUGCAGCGGCUGGGACUUCUGCCGAAGCCGCCGAGUUCUGCUGUGUCAAAUGCUGACGCGGGCGCCCGUCUUCACUCUGCGGACUACCCGGGCUCACGGACCUCAGACCCAGCUCGCCUCCGUCAGAGACCCCUGAACCAGGACGACAUGCUGCUCAACCUGCUGAGAAAGUUUCUGUCCCGGCAAACGUCCCUCAACACCGGACCACCGGCACUGCCUCAGCUCAGACCCCGGCCCGAGGAUGCUGGGAAGUCCAGAACGUUCAACGUGGGAAGGACUCAGAGCAAGGAGCCGCUGACCUACGUGGAUGAGAGAUUCAUCCAGAAUGUUCUGAAGAACGUCGGCCGGCAGCACCUGGACCUGGACAACCUGACUCCACAUGAUGUGGACCAGCUGUCCCGCCUCAUCACAGACGCUUUGCAGGUUGUGGAUCGGGACCAGGAAUCAACCGGUGCCCGGUUCAGACCCGGUCCGAGAGAUCUGGAGGAGCAGGAGGAACCUCAGGAGGGUGACAGAGUUGAAAUUGAGGGGACAGAGGAGGCUCCCACAGUGCUGCAGCAGGAGAGUGCAGAGAGUACUGAAGCACCAAAAGAGAGGAGUCCAGACUCCGGAGCUCUUGAUGUCAGCAUGAAGCCUGGAAGCGGCAGCCUCUUCACCAAGCUCCUGGCUUACCUGGACAAUGCUGCCUUCACGACCCCCCCAUCACCCCAGAUGGACCGAGUGACCCCGGGGGUCCGGCAGGUGGGUUUGGAGAACGUGCAGAGCCGGACCAGUGCAGCCGGGGCCCGGGUGCAGAAGAAGGACGCUACCCAGUCCGUGGAGGAGGUGUCGGAGGUGGAGGGCUGGAUCAAGGAAGUGGCCCCUCCCCCUGCCCUGCUCCUGAACACACAGCUGCACAAGAAGACACUGCACGUACCUGAGCUGCAGCUGGACGUCAAGAAGACGGAUGAUGACGUCUUUGGUUAUGUCAUAACAGACACAGACCGCCUACAGACAGACCAAGGCCUCAACCUGAUGCGGAUUCUGGCUCACAUGUCCAAGAUCCAGAUGGCGGACUUCACUCAGCUCUCGGUGGUGGGCCCCGCUGUCACCUUCAAAGUCAGUCCCAACACGCCCAACGUCAGCACGGCAGAUGUGGCCAACGUGGCGGUGCGGCAGAAGGCGUCUCUGGAGAAAGAAGCUAAAGUUGUCAUCCUGGAGGCCGGCGUCGCUGACGGGAGCCAGAUCGACCAGAUCCCGGGCAAGUACAGCCAGGCCGAGUCCACCAAGUUCCUGGUCCUCACCGUGGUGUCCAUCCUGUGUAUCGUGGGCGUGUUGCUGGCGUCCACCGUGGUCUACUGCUUCCGCCACCGCUCCCACCACAAGCUCAAAGAGAAGCUGACCAACCUGGGAACGGAAUCAAGCGGUGACUCCACUGCCACCUAUCAGGACCUGUGUCGGCAGCGGAUGGCGGUCAAGCCUCCGGCCGAGCGAACGGAGCCACUCUCGUCCAGGAUCAACAGCGUCUCGUCUCAGUUCAGCGACGCCGGCGCUGCCAUCAGCCCGUCGGCGCGCAGCAGCGUCUCGUCCUGGAGCGAAGAGCCGGCGCACUCUCACCUGGACAUCUCUACCGGUCACAUGAUCCUGUCCUACAUGGAAGACCACCUGAAGAACAAGGACCGGCUGGAGAAGGAGUGGGAGGCACUGUGUGCUUACCAGGCCGAACCCAACGCCUGCACCGUCGGACUGAAGGACGGGAACGCCAAGAAGAACCGGUCUGCUGCAGUUGUGGCAUACGAUCACUCCAGGAUCACACUGAAGAGUGAGCACAGCCACGAGAGCGCCAAGUACAUCAACGCCAGCCCCAUCAUGGACCACGAUCCCAGAAACCCCGCCUACAUCGCCACUCAGGGUCCACUGCCCUCCACCGUGGCCGACUUCUGGCAGAUGGUCUGGGAGAACGGCUGUGUGGUCAUCGUGAUGCUGACGCCGCUGGUGGAGUCCGGCGUGAAGCAGUGCUACCACUACUGGCCCGACGAGGGCUCCAACCUCUACCACAUUUACGAGGUCAACCUGGUGUCGGAGCACAUCUGGUGCGACGACUUCCUGGUCCGAAGCUUCUACCUGAAGAACAUGCAGACCAACGAGACCCGCACCGUCACCCAAUUCCACUACCUGACGUGGCUCAGCCAGAGUGUUCCCGAGAGCAGCCGCUCUCUCCUGGACUUCCGUAGGAAGGUGAACAAGUGCUACCGUGGUCGCUCCUGUCCCGUCAUCGUCCACUGCAGUGAGGGAGCAGGUCGGACUGGGACAUACAUUCUGGUGGACAUGGUUCUGAACAAGAUGGCCAAAGGCGCUAAAGAGAUUGACAUUGCUGCCACGCUGGAACAUCUGCGUGACCAGAGGCCUGGGAUGGUCCAGAGCAAGGAUCAAUUUGAGUUUGCGCUGACGGCUGUCGCGGAGGAGGUGAACGCCAUCCUGAAGGCUCUUCCACAGUAGAUCACCCCCGAGCCCCUCUUCUUGUCCCUCAUUCUCGCAGAUCGUCACCUCCGUCUCACUGUCCAGAUGAACAGAUGAAGUGAAAUGUUGAGGGAAAGAUGAGAAGAGGGUGAAGGAGACCACCAUCUGAGGAGACGUUUGAGUGAGGAUAAUACACAGUUGAAGUUGAUGAAUCGUGAAUUUAAGUGGGACCGUGAGAAGAAGGUGAACUUAAGUGGAAAUUAUUUUCAGUGAAACGUAGAGUGGAUGACCCGACAGAAGGUUCAGACACUCAAGUCCGACCAUCACAAAAAUUAUUUCAACUGUGUUUUUUGUGUGUUUGGUCAUCAAAGCAACAAAAUAGAUGUUUUAUUUGUGAUUUUAGGACCGUCAACAUUUAUAAAUAUGAUCAGAGAGAUGUGAUAUGAGUUUAUUUAUUAGUCAUCAGCCGCAAACACUCCAGGACCGGUAAUGUGACGGCCGCAGUCAUAUGACCUGGCAGAUGUGGCAGCUGCAUGUGUGUGUUUGUGACACCUGGAGAGGAAAACUAUGGAGUGCUGGCCACGUCGAUCUUCUGUCGUCUAUUUGGCCGGCUGUGUUGGUCAGAUGACCUUGUUGUAAAAACUAAAGAUGUUUCGAUAUUUUGGUUGUAAACACGUGAUCAAUAAAGUUGUUGA